UAUCUAAACGGCUUCAAAACCCUAUUUCAUUUUUUUUUAUCAAUGGCUAAUGACGGACAAAAGACCAACUUAGACCCCGAGAAGCAAGCACUGCUGAAUAAGCACACCGAGAACCACUUCACCGCCGGGGAGAUCGUCCGGGACAUCAUCAUCGGCGUAUCUGACGGUCUUACCGUGCCGUUUGCUCUCGCUGCGGGACUGUCCGGCGCCAAUGCCACGUCAUCUAUCGUCCUCACUGCUGGCAUCGCCGAAGUCGCAGCCGGUGCUAUCUCCAUGGGACUCGGCGGAUAUCUGGCUGCAAAAAGUGAAUCGGAUCACUACAUGAGGGAGCUGAGGAGAGAACAAGAAGAAAUUGUAAACGAUCCUGAUGCAGAGGCGGCAGAAGUGGAGGAGAUACUGGCGGAGUAUGGAAUAGAGGCACAAGAGUAUACACCUGUCGUGAAUGCUCUAAGGAAGAAGCCCCAAGCAUGGCUCGAUUUCAUGAUGAAGUUUGAACUGGGAUUGGAAAAGCCAGAUCCAAGGAGAGCCUUGCACAGCGCCCUCACCAUUGCCGUUGCUUACGUUUUGGGAGGAGCAGUACCCUUGCUUCCUUACGUCUUCUUUCCGAGGGCCAGGGAAGCUCUGGUUGCGUCAGUUGUCGUAACCUUGCUGGCAUUGCUGAUAUUUGGGUACGCCAAGGGCCGUUUCACCGAUAACAAACCCUUCUCGAGUGCCUUCCAGACUGCGUUCAUCGGAGCCAUAGCAUCCGCAGCCGCGUUUGGCUUGGCAAAAGCCAUCCAUCCAUGAACACAUUUGUCCUACAAAAUCAUAUACAACACCCCGUCUUUUGUUAAGAUUGUUUUACGGUCGUAUGCUUCGCUUCAUGCUUCAUGUUUGUUAAGAAUGUUUUAAAUUCGUAUGCUUCGCUUCACGCUUCAUGUUUGGAAAUUUUGAUGUUGCUCAUUA